UCGAUCCACGCCACCAAGCAUAAAUGGGAAGCCUGUGCUCUCCCAUCCCUUCAGCAAACGAAGUCGUCCCGAGAGCAGCAUCCAAGAGUAAAACAAAAAAAAAAUGCAGCUUUCCUUCUCAAGAGCUGCUCAUUUGGCUCUGCCCAUUCUUAUCCAUCUCUCCCAACUUCUCCUAACACUGGCCCAGACUAUUAAUCAAACCACCCCAUUGGUGCCCGCUGUGAUUGUGUUUGGAGACUCCAUUGUCGACCCGGGCAACAACAACGCCAUCAAGACCAUCGUCAAGUGCAACUUCCCCCCCUACGGCGUGGACUUCAUCGGCCACAAGCCCACCGGAAGGUUCUGCAAUGGAAAGAUACCAACCGAUUUCAUAGCUUCUAAGCUAGGAGUAAAGGAGCUGCUGCCGGCUUACCUUGGCACUGCUCUGGGACCAGAAGACCUUCUCACAGGUGUUAGCUUUGCUUCGGGUGGGACGGGAUUCGACCCUCUCACAUCCAAAGUAGUGUCAGUGAUUUCCAUGACGGAGCAGUUAGAGCUGUUCAAAGAUUACAUGGAGAAGGUGAGAGCCAUUGCAGGGGCGAAGAGAGCGGAGGACAUCUUGUCCAGAUCUCUCUACGUAGUAUGUGCGGGGAGUGAUGAUGUUGCCAAUACGUAUUUUACGACACCUUUUAGGAGGACAAACUAUGAUAUUUCUUCGUACGUCAAUUUAUUGCUGCACUCAGCUUCCAAUUUUCUUCAGGAGCUUAUCCACCUUGGAGCACGAAAGAUUGGUGUUACGAGUAUCCCUCCAAUAGGAUGCGUACCAUCACAAAGGACUCUAUCUGGAGGGAUUUUAAGAAAUUGUGCACCUGGUCAUAACCAAAUGGCAGAACUUUUCAAUUCAGGGCUAGCCAAGGAGAUACGAAGGCUUAAUACCAAGCACCGAGGAGUUAAAGUGGUCUAUAUCGACAUCUAUAGUAUUCUACUUGAUAUGAUUGAACGUCCUAAUAACUAUGGAUUUGAAGUUUCAACAAAAGGGUGUUGUGGUACUGGAGAUUUGGAGGUUUCGGUAUUAUGUAAUGGACUGACCUCAACCAUCUGCACAGAUGUUUCUGAGUAUGUGUUCUGGGAUAGCUACCAUCCAACUGAGAAAGCAUAUGAGAUCCUUGUGGAUUGGCUUUACAAAAAUUAUAUUACUUACUUAAUCUAAGAAGCAAGUGUGUCCAUUGGCCAUUAUUUCAGUUGGGAGACUGAUGAAGAACUUAUUUUUUUGGGAGAAAUGAUGUAGAACUUGUUUUUCUCAGCAUGUAUUGGUUCUUCUCUUAUAUAUCGCACAGACAUGCUUUGUUUUGUGGCA